AUGACUGGCAGCGACGUACACCAUCAUGCUCACCAGGGGGACCACCGAUCAUCCUUCCACCUCCCUCCCAUCAUACCUACGCCUUCUUUGGUGGAGUCUGUAGCUGGUGGCGCCCACUAUUCUGGUGCAAAGUCGGAGCACCAUGACGGGCAUUUUGUUCGCAGGAGGAGUAGCAGCAGACGGCGGUCGAGCGUUGUAAUGGAACUGAGUGAUAAGCGCAAACAAGUCCUGGAAGAUCUCAAGGAGUUGUUUUGCUGUAGACCUACCAAAGCGAUAUUCGACCGGAGCUGGAGAGAGGAUGCUGAUCCUCUGUGCCACUGUCGAGGGAGACAGGAAUGUGCAGCGCAGAGUAAACUGGCGCUCAAGUCCGAGAAUCUGUCUACUCGUGUUAUCUCUUCGACGGUGUCUCCCAACCGGGUAGUCUUCUCUCAGAAACAAGAAUACACCUUCCGGAUACUGGGCAAGAAGUCUAUGGUUGUAGUGGACCUAGACGAGGACGAGAGGAUUGUACGCUUGUCAGAUCAGUGGGACGGCGAAGAGCCGUCCGCUUCCUGGCUCGCACGUUCCUUCCGACGCCUCAAUGCAAAAAUGGCGAAGUGGACAGUAAAGAUCCCUAAAGUGCAGCGCUAA